GGUGCUCCUCGGCUCAGGAUGCGGGCCUAGUAGUGCCGCCGCCGGGACUCUCCCACAUCCGCUGUCAAAAACCCGGGAUUUGCCUCAUUUGGGGGGCAAAAUGAAGGCGAGGAGACUCUCCCUGAUGGUGGCCGACAUCGGAAUGGGAGGAACGAUGGCAGCAUGAGUGGGCCACAUGCAGGCCCAAGCCAGACCUCUAGCUACACUUUGACGGCUGCCCGUGACCUCUCCCACAACAAUAACCCCCGCCCGACAAUGUCGGCCGCCUCCUCCCUGCAACGUGUCUACGGCUUUGCGCAACGGGACCCGUCCCCCCCGUCUUCCACCUACAGCCCCCUAAGGAGACUGCAGCAUCUCACCACCAUGGUCAGCCAGCCUGACCUGGUCCUGCCGGCCCAGCCGGUUAAGAGCUGGGAGUGGGCCUCGAGUCAGAAGGAGCCGGAGCAGGACUCCUGGGACAGUUGCAGGGAUUAUUGUGGUGCCUCCCUCGCAAGGAGAGAUGAGAAACCACCCGAGGUCCAAAGCGGUGGAUCUAAAGAUGCGCCAUCAGCUAGCUGUAGCAGUCCUAGCACGUCGGAGAGGAAAACAGACGGUUGUUUCUCGUGUCCUCCGAGUCCAGCCUUCUCUCUGGAUAGCAACAGCCCGUUUGCAAAUGGCCUCCUUCACUUUGAGUCGUCCUUGUUCGAGGAUGAGGACAACCACGAUGAAGAGCAGCAGGAGACUUUCCCGACCAUUACAGACUCGUACAACAAACACGAAACACCUGCGAAUGAGAUCCAAUCCAUCCCUGCAGACUCCAAGGAUACCAAGGUUUCAUCAGCAAAGGUCAUCACUCGAUCCCAGUCGUCAGGGGUGCGACGACGGUACUGGGAUUGUUCCGAGGACGAGUGGGAGAGCGACAGCGAGCUCUUUCUGUUCGGAGAUAGCCCUUCCAGGCAUUUUAAGCAGAGUGACCUGACAAGAACUUCCGUGCCACCUGUGAAGUUUUUAGAGGGCGAACUCAUUUGGGCAAAGUUCAACCGACGGCCGUGGUGGCCCUGCGAGGUGAUCGUUGACCCUGCGUUAGGAGUCUAUCACAGGGUCAAAGAGCCCAGCGAUCGUCCCUGUCGCCUCUACCAUGUCAGGACAUUUGGGGAGCCAGAGGAGCAAGCCUGGGUGGAAGAUAAAUCAACUCAUAUCUUCCAUGGAGGCUUUCAGUUUGAACAGCUUGCUCAACUGCGUAGAAAGGGGAAGCAAAGGGCGCACAACCACAAAUACACUAUUCCUAAACGCUUUGAGGCGUCUUGGCAGUCCAGUGUGGACGAAGCUGAAAUUAUUCUCCAGCAGAGACCAAACAUAGUCUCCUUGUCCAUAGAAGAUGCCUUCCACGACAGUUCCUCGGCAGUAAAAAAAGCCUGUCCUCCCAGUUCUCUUUCCAUGUUGCCGGUCUCCAAUCUUCCAGAAAUUUCGCACACGAUAAGUGGAUCACUAACUUCCCUGACGGCAUCAUCCCCAGUAGAAACACAAACUACGCAUGGCACUUUAAAAAAAUCAUCUGGCAUGAGGAAAGAAGGUGACUCAUCAAAAAAGUCUAAAAAGAUCCCAUGUAAAAAUCCAUCAGAUAGGAAUGUAGAGUGCCCUUAUUCAGAUCUUGACUCUGUCCCUAAGAUUUUGUGUCCUAAAGCACUUGAACGUCAGUCUAAAUUGACUCAACCGGCGGCUAAUGUCGCCAAAGAGGAAAAGAAACAACCUGAGAUGCAAAGUGGUCUGUGGUUUAGCAAAUCAGGUAAAGACAGACGACCAAAAACUGUUGAUCGUACCGUUUUUACAAAGGUGCUCGGUAAGAAAAAGGUCCCUGUUGCUAGUAAAAACCUAGCGGUUCCUGGUGGUCCUGCCUUGAGUCCUGCACCGGGUGACCAGUCUCAGGUGGUACUUAAAACAAAGAUUGUACCUGAGAAAUCGCAGUAUAUUGUCUCUAAAAACAUCACUGCUGCUAAUACAACUUUUGGAAGUCCUGCUGAACUUUUGUCACAAAAGCAAGAGUUAUUGGAUUCUUCUGACCCCCAAGAAUGGUUGCGACAGCAGGAUUCCAUGGAUUUUUCUCGACCUGAAGGAUUUCCACAGGAACCCAUAGAUUUUUCUGGGCCUCAAAUAUUUCCACAAAAGCAGGAUUCCAUGGUUUCCUGUGGGCCUCCUAAAUUGUCUAAGAGUCCAGAGUCUGCAGGUUCUUUUGGAACUCAAGGUUUCUUAAAAAAGUUGGAGUUAGUUGAUUCUAUGGACUCCUGCAUAUUAUCUCAAAAGCAGGAGGCUAUGGGUUCUUUGAAACCUCUAAGAGUGUCACAAAAGCAAGAGUUGGUGGAGCCUUCUAAGCCUCGAGGAUUAUCUCAAAAGCAGGAGCCUGUGGCUUCUACAACAUCAAUACCGUCACAGAAGGAAACAGUGGAUUCUUUUGGACCUCAAAGACCGUCACAAAAGCAACAGUCUGGGACGACUUCUGGAGCUCGAGAAUUGUUACAAACACAGAAAUCUGUAGAUACUUCUGAUCUUCGAGGACUGUUACAGAUGGAGAAGUCCAUUUCUUCUGGAUCUCGACGAUUGUCACAGAAGCUGGAGUCAGUGGAUACUUUUAAACCUCAAGGAUUGUCACAAAAAGAGAAAUCUGUGGAUUAUUCUGAUCCUCGAGUAUUGUCUAAAAAGCAGGAGUCGGUGGAUUCUUCUAAAUCUCAAGAAUUGUCACAGACAGAGAAGUCAAUGAAUUUGUUUGAUUCUCAAGGAUUGUCUAAAAAGCAAGACGAAUAUCCUAAACCUUUGGGAUUGUCAGAGAAGAAGUCCAUAGAUUAUUUUCAUCCUCAAGGAUCGUUUAAAAAGCAGGAUUCAGUGGUUUCUACUAAACUUCGAGAAUUGACACGAACCGAGAAGUCCUUGAAUUCUUCUGAUCCUCGAGUAUUGUCUAAAAAGCAGGAGUCUGUGGAUUCUUCUAAACCUCAAGAACUAUCACAGACAGAGAAGUCAAUUCACUUUUUUGAUUCUCAAAGAUUGUCUAAAAAGCAGGAGUCGGUGGAUUCUUCUAAACCUCGAGGAUUGUCACAGAAAAAGAAGUCCAUGGAUUAUUGUGAUCCUCAAGGAUCGUCUAAAAAGCAGGAGUUAGUGGAUUCUUCAAAACCUCAAAAACUGUCACAGACAGAGAAGUCAAUUCACUUUUUUGAUUUUCAAGGAUUGUCUAAAAAGCAGGAGUCGGUGGAUUCUUCUAAACCUCGGGGAAUGUCACAGAAAAAGAAGUCCAUGGAUUAUUCUGAUCCUCAAGGAUCGUCUAAAAAGCAGGAGUUAGUGGAUUCUAAACCUCGAAGAUUGUCAGAGAUGGAGAAGUCUAUGGAUUCUUUUCAUCCUCACGGAUCGUUUGAAAAGCAGGAGUUAUUGGAUUAUUCCAAACUUCAAGGAUUGUCGCAGAAGGAGAAGUCCGUUAAUUCUUCUUAUCCUCGAGAAUUGUCUAAAAAGCAUGACACCGUGGAUUCUUCUAAACCUAGAAGAUUGUCACAGAAGGAGAAAUCCAUGGCUUCUUCUGAUCCUCGAGGAUCGUCUAAAAAGCAGAAGUCAUUGGAUUCUUCUAAACCUCUCGAAUUGUCACAGAAGGAGAAGUCCAUGAGUUCUUCUGAUUCUGAAGGACUGUCUAAAAAGCAGGAGUCUGUGGAUUCUUCUAAACCUUGGGGAUUGUCACAGACAGAGAAAUCCAUGGAUUUUUCUGAUCCUCAAGGAUCAUCUAAAAAGCAGGAUUUAAUGGUUUCUACUAAACCUCGAGAAUUGACACAGACCGAGAAGACCAUGAAUUCUUUUUGUCCUCGAGGGUUUUCUAAAAAUCAGGAGUCAGCGGUUUCUUCUAAACCUCAGGUAUUGACACAGACCGAUAAAUCUGUGAAUUCUUCUCAUCAUCAAGGAUUGUCUAAAAAGCAGGUCUCUGUAGAUUCUUCUAAACCUCGAGGAUUGUCACAGAAGGAGAAGUCUAUGGAUUAUUCUGAUCCACAAGGACUGUCUAAAAAUCAGGAGUCAGUGGAUUCUAAACCUAGAAGAUUGUCACAGGAGAAGUCCAUGGAUUUCUCUGAUCCUCAAGGAUUGUCUAAAAAGCAGGAGUCUGUGGAUUUUUCUAAACCUAGAAGAUUGCUACAAAAGGAGAAGUCCAUGGAUUGUUCUGAUCCUCGAGGAUCGUCUAAAAAGCAUAAGUCAUUGGAUUCUUCUAAACCUCUAGGAUUGUCACAGACAGAAAAGUCCAUGAACUAUUCUGAUCCCCAAGGAUUGUCUAAAAAGCAGGAGUCAUUGGAUUCUUCUGAGCCUCGAGAAUCAUCACAGACAGAGAAAUUUAUGAAUUAUUCUUAUCCUCAAGGAUUGUUUAAAAAGCAGGAGUCAGUGGAUUCUUCGAAACCUCUAGGAUUGUCCCAGACAGAGAAAUCCAAGAACUCUUCUGAUCCUCUAGGGUUGUCUAAAAAGCAGGAGUCGGUGGAUUCUUCUAAACCUAGAAGAUUGCCACACAAGGAGAAGUCCAUGGAUUUUUCUGAUUCUCAAGGAUUGUCUAAAAAGCAGGAGUCUGUGGAUUCUUUUAAACCUAGAAGAUUGUCACAGAAGGAGAAGUCCAUGGAUUGUUCUGAUCCUCGAGGAUCAUCUAAAAAGCAUAAAUCAUUGGAUUCUUCUAAACCUCUAGGAUUGUCACAGACAGAGAAGCCCAUGAAUUCCUCCGAUCCUCAAGGAUUGUCUAAAAAGCAGGAGUCAGUGGAAUCUUCUAAGCCUCGAGAAUCGACACAGACAGAGAAAUCCAUGAAUUCUUCUUAUCCUCAAGGAUUGUUUAAAAAGCAGGAGUCAGUGGAUUCUUCGAAACCUCUAGGAUUGUCACAGACAGAGAAGUCCAGGAACUCCUCUAAUCCUCCAGGAUUGUCUAAAAAGCAGGAGUCUGUGGAUUCUUCUAAACCUCUGGGAUUGUCACAGAAGGAGAAGUUCAUGGAUUAUUCUGAUCCUCAAGUAUCAUCAGAAAAGCGUGAGUCAGUAGAUUCUAUUAAACCUCUAGGAUUGUCAAAGAAUGAGAAGUCCAUGGACUAUUCUUAUCCUCAAGGACUGUCUAAAAAGCAGGAUUUAGGGGUUUCUUCUCAACCUCGAGAAUUGACACAAACCGAGAAGUCCAUGAAUUCUUCUUGUCCUCGAGGGUUUUCUAAAAAGCAGGAGUCAGUGGUUUCUUCUAAACCUCAAGUAUUGACACAGACCGAUAAGUCUGUAAAUUCUCCUUAUCCUCAAGGAUUGUCUAAAAAGCAGGUGUCUGUGGAUUCUUCUAAACCUCGAGGAUUGUCACAGAAGGAGAAGUCCAAGGAGUAUCCUGAUCCUCAAGGAUUGUCUAAAAAGCAGGAGUCAGUGGAUUCUACUAAGCCUCGAGAAUCAUCACGGACUGAGAAAUCCAUUAAUUCUUACUAUCCUCAAGGAUUUUCUAAAAAGCAGGAGUCAGUGGAUUCUUCUAAACCUCGAGGAUUGUCACAAAAGCAGGAAUCUGUAGAUUCUUCUGAACCUCAAGGACUGGUACAGAAACAGCGACCUAUAAGUUUUUUGGAACCCAGGGUAUUAUUAAAAAAGCAGGAGUGCAUAGCUUCUUUAAUACCCCACGGUUUGUCACAGAAGCGGAUGUCUAUGGUUUCUUCUGAUCCUCGAGGAUUGUCUAAAAAGCAGGAAUCAUUGGCUUCUUCUAAAUUACGAGUAUUGUCACAGAAACAAGAUUCCGGAUCUCGAGGACUGUCAAAGGAGGAAGCGUCCAUAGAGCAUUCUGAAUCUAAUGGGUUUUCACAAAAUCAGGAGUCUGUGACUUCUUCUGGACCUCAAAAAAUGUCCCACAAGCAGAUAUCUGGGACCUGUUCUGAACUUCAAGGGCUGUCACAAAAGCUAGAGUGUGCGGAUUCUCACAGACCACCUGAGAAGGGUGACUGUUUAAGAAGUAGGCAGGUCAUCUCUGAUUUUACAGAUUCAAUUACUGGCAAACAGUCUAAUCCAACAAGUCAUGUGCAUGUAAAAAAGACCAGCAAGAAGACAAGUGACAAGAAUAACAGUCAAAGUGAACAUUGUAAAGUGAGGGCCAUUAAAAAGGUUGUUGUACCCAGUUCUAACCAGACAAAAGAAUCAACAGCCCUGGUGGCAAAAACGGACUUUCAAAAAGCUCUGAUCUCCCAGUGUAAGCUGCCCCUUGUCAAAUUAAUUCGCAUAGACAUCAAGAAAAUCCUGAAUUCCAAGAUAACAAUUGGUCCUAAUGACCAGACUUCAUACGCUAAAGGUAAAGAAACGUCAAAAGAGGCAGUUGCAGACCAAUCCUGUGAGUCGGACGUAUUGGACAAAGUGGCAGAGGUUAAAGAAGAUAAAGUGGACAAAAUCACUUCUAGUGUAGACAGUUCAGAAUCAAAAACUAUGUUAGUGAAGAACUUGGAAGAAACGGGGACGAUCGGUACCCCCAACAAAAUUUCUUCCGAACCUUCCCAAAGCCCAAAUAAGCUAGAUACUUCUGUCUCAAUUGUGGCUCUUCUAUCCCCUCAGUUGGAGGGAACUCUAGUAUCUGACAGUGACCAGGGGCCCCAAGACCCAUCCUCUGAGACUACUGCCCCUGAGACAACUGCCCUCCAAUUAAAGCCUGUCCAAGAGAAGUUGUCUGAAGUUACGCCACAAGAUCCACCUGCCCAUCUUCCAGCCAGCAACGGGCUGAUGACACGAGCUCUGAAGACCAUGAAAGUUCUGCAAAAGCAGAAACAUAGAAAAGCCAAGAAGAAAGCUGGGCACAAAGAUAAUUUACAUCAUAGCAAAAACCUGAUAGAGCCCUCUAAAAACACCACAGUUAUUUCAGAAAGUAAAUUGGACUUUAGCACCACUAAAGCAAGAUCCAAGUCUGAUCAUGAGGCUAAUGAUGAGGACACGGUUUCCAGCUGUAAUACACCGCCUUUGAUGUGCCAAGAUUCUGUUGGAGUCAAAAGUGAAGAGGAGGACCUUUCUCUAGCAUCGUCUCCGAUGGACUUCAUACCCCUUACUUCCAGUGUGAAGGCAACAGAAUUGGAUCAGACAACUUUAUCUUCUCCACCUUCGCCAUUGUCUUUCAUGAGUACAUUGACAAAUGUAAAGGAGGUAUCUUUCCAGUCUUUGACAGAUAAGGCUAAUGGAAAAGCCCCCGCGUUCAAGCCAGACAUGAACUAUAAAUUCAGCACUUUUCUCAUGAUGCUCAAAGAUGUGCAUGACACUCGGGAGCGAGAUGGUGCCCCUUUAGAACUGGAGAUUGGGCCACCAAGUGCACAUGUCAGGGAGGAGCCUUUGGUGAUGCCUGGCAUGGCUGCAGUUGUAGGCCUAGAUCGAGACAGGAAUGGCGAUCCAAGUCUUAGCCUGGACAAACAAACAUAUGUGGAUGAGAGUCAUAUCUCAAAAGGACCUUCCAACAGAAGGAGCAGUUUCUCUUGGAUGAAGAAAAAAACUAACCGCAAAGUUCCUGGUCACUCUCAGAGGCCUGGACCCGGUUACCCGGGAGUAGGAUCCUUGCUAGGGAUGGACUUUUCCUCUGUACUGGAUUACUCAACCAAGGUCCGGUCCCUGCUGGGCGUGCAGGCCUGCCAGUGGGAGGGUCAGGCUGGGAGCGAUGAGGGCAUGUUGAGGUGGAGCAGAGACUUCGGACAGAUGAACGACUUCGUUUCCGACCGCACGGAAGCAAAAUCUAGUUCCAGCUGCAACACCGGAGAAAGCGACGAUGCUUCAUCAGCACAUAAACGAAUUAGAAAACCGAGCAAAAGGCUUCUCGAAUGGACAGAAGAGUACGACCAGAUAUUCUCCUCCAGGAAGAAAAACAAAAAGCCUCUCCAGCCAUUUACAAUGGCCAACGAAGCACUUUUGCCCACGUCCGAAACGUCAGCACUGGAAAAGCACGCACUCGACCCCCCGUCCUUGAACGCACUUCCAGAGAUACAGACGCCCCCUCCGGAAGAAUUCACCCUCACCACGGAACUACAAGUUCCCAGCGCCGAAAACCCGUCUACGCGGGAAGCACAGGUGCUUUCCAUCGACACUUUAACCCCGCCUCCCGAGGCCGAAGCUGAACCGCCGCUGUCUGAUAGCCCCGCCAAAGACGUCAGUGAGCCACAUGAUCCUUUGCUACAGAAGAAACGCAAGAGGAAACCCACUCCAAAGAUCCUGGAAUAUUGUCUUGAAUCGGAGGCCUCAGUGGGCCCUAAGAAGAAGGUCAAAACCGUGAAGAAUACUACUAAUCCUGUUCCUCAGGCCGCUCCUCCAGAUCUUGAGCCGCCAUCUUUGAAACUGAAAAGCAGGCAGCCCUCGUCGCCUUCGAGCCCGGAAGUUUCCACCUCUUCGCCCACUCCUUCCCUUUUGACACCAACCAGCACUCCACUGGUACUGCCGCUACCUCAGCCAAUAGGGGCGGACCCUACAGCGGCAGACAUUGACGCUACUCAACUAGAAGACACUAAAUACACUACAGAGUCCGAGGGUGAAGCCUCCAUGUUGGAUCAGAGCUUCUCCUCCGCUAAAGACGACUCGUCGCUGUGUGAUGAUUCACUCGGAUCUGCCAGGAAGAUCAUCGGGGACAGAGGCGGCACUGCUUCCAUAAAGGAGAAUGUGUGUCAGGUGUGUGAGAAGACCGGGGAGCUGCUGCUGUGUGAGGGUCAAUGCUGUGGAGCCUUUCACCUGGCUUGCAUCUCUCUGGCCGAGGCCCCGAAAGGAAAGUUUGUGUGCCCCGAGUGCAAAUCUGGUGUGCACACCUGCUUCGUGUGCAAGAAGCGCAGCGAGGACGUGCGGCGCUGCAUGAUCCCCACCUGCGGCAAGUUCUACCACGGCGAGUGCAUCGCCGCCUUCGCCUCGACCGUGCCCGUCAACCGCGGCUUCCGCUGCUCCAUCCACGUCUGCCUCACCUGCUUUAUCGCCAACCCCACCAGUCCCUCCAUCUCCAAAGGUCAUCUCAUGCGCUGCGUGCGCUGCCCCAUCGCUUACCACGCCAACGACAUCUGCAUGGCGGCCGGCUGUGUGGUCCUGUCCAGCAACACCAUCAUCUGUCCCAACCACUUCACGCCGCGGCGGGGUGUCAAGAACCACGAGCACGUCAACGUCAGCUGGUGUUUCGUUUGCACGGACGGGGGCAGUCUGUUGUGCUGCGAGUCCUGCCCCGCCGCCUUCCACCGCGAGUGUCUAAACAUCGAGAUGCCCAGAGGCAGCUGGUACUGCAACGACUGCAAGGCGGGGAAGAAACCUCACUACAAGGACAUCUUGUGGGUCAAGGUCGGACGAUACAGGUGGUGGCCUGCCGAGGUCAGCCAUCCCAAUACCAUCCCGGAGAACAUCCAGCGUAUGCGGCACGACGUGGGCGAGUUCCCCGUUCACUUCUUCGGCUCCAACGACUACCUGUGGACCUACCAGGCCCGGGUCUUUCCUUAUAUGGACGUGGACGCCAACAGCAAGGACAGGAUGGGAAAAGGUGUCGACGCCACCUACAGGAAAGCUCUGGACGAUGCGGCGGUGCGAUUUCGCGAGCUUCAGGCCGAGAAGGAGCUUCUGCAGCUUCAGGAGGACAAAAAGAAUGACAGGAAGCCUCCGCCGUACAAACACAUCAAGGUGAAUCGACCCAUAGGAAAGGUUCAGAUCGUCACAGCCGACCUAUCGGAGAUUCCACGCUGCAACUGCAAGGCCACCGACGAGAGCCCGUGCGGGAUGGACUCGGAGUGCAUCAACCGCAUGCUGCUCUACGAGUGUCACCCGCAGGUGUGCCCGGCGGGCGAGCGCUGCCUGAACCAGGCGUUCAGCAGGCGUCAGUACAGCCAGGUGGAGAUCUUCAGGACGCUGUCCCGGGGCUGGGGUCUCCGCUGCGUCCACGACAUCAAGAAGGGUCAGUUUGUGAGCGAGUACGUCGGGGAGGUGAUCGACGAGGAGGAGUGCAGGUGGAGGAUCAGACACGCCCAGGAACACGACAUCUGUAACUUCUACAUGCUGACUCUGGACAAGGACCGCAUCAUCGAUGCCGGGCCAAAAGGCAACGAGGCUCGCUUCAAACACUGCUGCCAGCCCAACUGCGAGACCCAGAAGUGGACGGUGAGCGGAGACACGCGAGUCGGACUCUUCGCCCUGGUCGACGUCCGGGGCGUAAGCUUCUUGCCCCACCAAGAGUUCCAAUUCCGAAAAGCCAGAUUCUGUCAUUCAGUAACGGUUCUGCUCCCAGGCACGGAACUCAACUUCAACUACAACCUGGAGUGUCUGGGCAACGGCAAGACGUUUGUAUGCGGAGCGUCCAACUGCAGCGGCUUCCUCGGCGUCAGGCCAAAGAACAAUCCGCCAUCGGACGACAAAGGCCGCAAGCUGAAAAGGCGCAGUCACGGCAGGCGGAAGAAGAAGGUGGUGGUGACCAAAGAGAGGGAGGACGAGUGCUUCAAGUGCGGAGACGGUGGACAGAUGGUGUCCUGUAAGAAGCCCGGCUCCAAAGUCUACCAUGCAGACUGUCUCAACCUCACCAGGAGACCUGCAGGACGCUGGGAGUGUCCUCGGCAUCAGUGCGACGUCUGCGGCAAGGAGGCGUCGUCCUUCUGCGAGAUGUGUCCCAACUCCUUCUGCGAGCGCCACCGCGAAGGUCUGCUCUUCGUGUCCAAGCUGGACGGGAAGUUGUCCUGCAGCGAGCACGACCCCUGCGGACCCGAGCCCUUGGAACCGGGGGAGAUCCGCGAGUACGACGCCCGGCCCGGGGGCUUGACGUCGGGCUUGGGAAUGGCCGUCAUCGCACCCUCCGAUCCGGGCGUCUCGGCGGGUGCCGGCCCCGCCCCCAACAGGGAGCAGGACGUCGGCGCCGCCCCUACAAUCUCCACCCCCGAGUCUUUUCCCGCCUUUUCCAUCCCGGUACCCAUCACCAUUCCUGUGUCCCCACCUGCCGCCUCACCUCCACCCGCCAGCUUCUUUCACCUCCCGCAGUACUCGCCAAUCUCCUCCUACGAGGAGGACAGGGACGUCCUGGAGGACGAAGAGCUAAUGGAGGAAGAAGAAGAACAGGACGAGGAGGAAGGAGAAGUGGGACAGGAGGAGGAGGAGGAGGAGGAGGAAGAUGCAGCUUUGGAAUACCUUGAGAUCAGAGACGAUGAAGAUGACGAGGAUGAUGACUGACGGAAGCUCGCCAGCAGUGCCGAGUCAUGACAACGCAACAAGGGUCGCGUGACCGACUCGACGGACGCCAAGCACUUGAUGUCGGAAUGCUGUUGACUCCGAAUAAACCUGUGGACUAAAAUCUUGGACAUUGAUGACCUCAUCAAUCAGGUUGGACGAGUCUUCAUUGGAGACCAACACUUUAGGGAGGACGCCGCCGCCGCCGCUCCACUUCCUGAGUGAGUCCUCAUACUUUUCUUCCUCAUGCUCGAGGCUGAGGGACCUUUCCAGAAGAGACAAAAAAAAAAAAAAAGGAGAGAACGUCUGCGGUCUUAACACUGAAAACGACGACUGCAGUCAUUUUAUUUAUGUUAUUACUGUAACCACGGCGAUUGGAAGUGUGUCCUGUGUCCUAAUAAGGUAUUACGUGUGUGUUUUUAUCUUAAAGCCUUAAAGUGUC